AUUAAAUCUGAAAAAUACCCGAGUCAACUUGACUCUCAUUAACUCGCCCUUAUUGACACGGUUCCUCCAUAAAAAUUUCUUGUUUGAAACGAAAUGAAAAUCCUCUGAAUCCGAAAGUUUCGAUCUUUAUUUUGUAACAAUGACAACUGCUCCCCAAUUUCUUUCUGGUUUCAAGCAAACUGCCCAAUCUCUAAACGCCGGCCUUCGCCCAUGGUCCGUUUUCCUAGACCUCACCUCACUCAAUCUUCCAUCUUCUAUCCCCGACGCUACUACUCGCAUAACUCAAAAUCUCACUCAUUUUCGCUCUAAUUACUCACUAAUCAUCUUGAUUGUCCUCUUCUUGAGUCUCUUUUAUCAUCCCCUCUCCUUAAUCGCUUUCUUAAUCACGUUUAUUGCUUGGGUAUUUCUCUACUUCUCUCGCAAUGAGCCGCUCAUUAUUUUCGGUUACCAGGUGAAUGAUUUGGUGGUUUUAGUUUUGCUUUUUGUGGCGACGAUUUUGGUUUUGAUCUGGAGUGGCGUUUGGCUUAAUUUAUUGGUUGCUGUUGUAAUCGGCGUUGUUUUGGUGGUUUUGCACGCGGUUCUCAGGAGCACGGAUGAUCUUGUAGCGGAUGACAUUGAAACGUCACCGUAUGUGAACUUGCUUUCUGAUGAUGACAGCCCAAGAGGGGGACUGGAGCUGUAGAUGUACUUGAUAAUUUCUUUUUAGUUAGGCAGUUCUGUUUUAUGAAGAAAUGAAAAAAAAAAAAAAAAAAAAAUUCUUGCUUUUGACAAAAUUUAUAAUUGCUAUGGAUAUUGAUGUGAAGGUGAUUCUUGCAUUGAACUUCUUUCUUGAUAAAGAAUGUGAAUUACUGGUGCCAAGUGUUAUAGUUUAGUAAGAUGUUUAUAGCGUUCAUCAAAGUUUAGCUUCUUUUGUUGCUAAAUAUUUUAAUUGUCAAGAUCUUACUAUCAAGAAUUUGUCUACCAAUUGGGGUUUUGAUUCUUUUGAUUAUCAAUUCUAGAAGAUGUUCACUUAUAAUGGGCAACCUGUUCGUUCUUUUGAUUGAAAUGCUGUACUUAGUGGAGUUCAUACAGAAGGUAUGAAAUGCUGGAAAUAAUGAUUUAAUAUUCCUGUCCAAA